AAGGAGCUCGUCUCUAGGAACCUAAUAGAGUCCGGGUGCCUCCUGAGGGGGGGAAAAGUGGUUUCUUGAAGAGAAUCUGAGUAAAAAUUACCAGACCUAAUUAUGAGUGAUCAGAUCAAAUUCAUCGUGGAGAAGCUCAAUAAGGAUCCUUUUAGAAAGAGUUAUAAUUUAAUCACAUUUGACUCCCUGGAGCCAAUGCAACUAUUACAAGUUCUCAAUGAUGUCCUGGCUGAGAUUGAUCCAAAGCAAGUUGUUGAUAUCAGAGAGGAGAUGCCAGAACAGACAGCCAAACGGAUGUUGAGCCUUCUUGGUAUCCUUAAAUACAAGCCUCCAGGAAAUGCUACAGACAUGAGUACCUUCCGUCAGGGUCUGGUGAUCGGAAGUAAACCUGUCAUCUACCCAGUGCUCCACUGGCUUCUUCAGAGGACUAAUGAACUGAAGAAAAGAGCAUAUCUAGCCCGUUUUUUAAUAAAACUUGAAGUACCAAGUGAGUUUCUUCAGGAUGAAACUGUGGCUGAUACCAAUAAACAGUAUGAAGAAUUGAUGGAAGCUUUCAAAACUUUGCAUAAAGAAUGUGAGCAACUUAAGACUUCUGGAUUUUCUACGGCAGAAAUAAGAAGGGAUAUCGGUGCCAUGGAGGAAGAAAAAGAUCAACUCAUUAAGAGAGUGGAACGCUUGAAGAAAAGGGUGGAGACAGUUCAGAAUCACCAACCAAUGCUUAAAAUAGCAAGGCAACUUCGAGUUGAAAAAGAGAGAGAAGAAUUCCUUGCCCAGCAGAAGCAGGAACAAAAGAACCAGGUAUCUUCAGUAAAAUGUAGUUCAUUUGAUUCUGGUUUAAUGAAGAGGCUAGAGGAGGAGAUAAAGUUUAAUUCAUACAUGGUAACUGAAAAAUUUCCCAAAGAACUAGAGAACAAGAAAAAAGAAUUGCAUUUUUUACAAAAAGUGGUUUCAGAGCCUGCUAUGGGCCAUUCUGAUCUUCUUGAACUUGAGUCUAAGAUGAAUGAAAUAAACACAGAAAUUAGCCAGCUGAUUGAAAAGAAAAUGAUGAGGAAUGAGCCAAUUGAAGGCAAACUCUCACUGUAUCGGCAGCAGGCGUCCAUCAUUUCUCGUAAAAAAGAGGCCAAAGCUGAAGAACUUCAGGAGGCAAAGGAGAAGUUAUCCAUCCUCGAGAGAGAGGUGUCCUUGAAGACCAACCAGACCCGGGAGUUCGAUGGCACUGAAGUCCUCAAGGGUGAUGAGUUCAAACGGUAUGUCAGUAAACUUCGAAGCAAGAGUACAGUUUUCAAAAAGAAGCACCAGAUAAUAGCUGAAUUCAAGGCAGAAUUUGGCCUCUUACAGAGGACAGAAGAACUUCUUAAACAACGACAUGAAAAUAUUCAACGUCAACUGCAAACGAUUGAGGAGAAAAGGGGGAUAUCUGGAUACAGUUACACCCAAGAAGAACUAGAGAGAGUGUCUGCACUGAAGAGUGAAGUGGACGAGAUGAAAGGACGGACACUGGACGACAUGUCUGAAAUGGUGAAAAAACUAAAUUCAUUGGUAGCUGAAAAGAAGUCUGCUCUAGCCCCAGUUAUAAAAGAACUACGACAGUUGCGUCAGAAAUGUCAAGAACUAACCCAGGAGUGUGAUGAAAAGAAAUCCCAGUAUGAUAGCUGUGCAGCAGGCCUGGAAAGCAAUCGAUCCAAAUUAGAACAGGAAGUCAGAGUGCUCCGUGAAGAAUGUCUUCAGGAAGAAAGUAAAUACCAUUACACAAAUUGUAUGAUUAAGAACCUUGGAGUACAACUUCGUCGUGCUACUGAUGAGAUAAAGGCUUAUGUCUCAUCUGAUCAACAAGAGAAAAGAAAGGCAAUCAGGGAACAGUAUACGAAACACAUUGCUGAACAGGAGAACCUUGGAAAGAAGCUCCGGGAAAAACAAAAAACUGUACGAGAAAGUCAUGGUCCAAAUAUGAAACAAGCAAAAAUGUGGCGUGAUUUUGAACAAUUGAUGGAAUGUAAGAAGCAGUGCUUUCUGAAACAGCAAAGCCAGAUGUCCAUUGGUCAGGUAAUUCAGGAGGGAGGCGAGGAUCGCCUGGUACUCUGAGCGCCUGUGUCCCCUUCAUUGGGUUUUAAUUGAUGUUAGUGAUCAACACAACCCUAUGAUGCAUUUCCUUUCUUGAAAGUGAUCUAUACCUUUUCCUUUCAGAUUAGCCAUCCCCUAUUAAGUUUUCUUGGAACAUAAUGUUAAGGUAGAUUUAAAGUUAUAAAGUUUUUUAACAUAUAAAUGUGACUUUUAUUGCUUUGUUUAGUUGAGACACCAGUGGUGUCUUCUGAGUUUUAUGAGACAGGAGGCUAAGUUUACUAUCUAUAAAUGUAAACAUAUGUCCAUUAAGAAUCAUGUAGGAUUUAAAACAGUAAUAACCCAAUGGCUUAAUGUUUCUCUUAAUCUUUUUUUUUAACUUUAGAGGAAUCUUUUAGGAACUAGUAUCUCUUGUUUUGAAGAAACAUUUAUCUGAAGUUCAGCAAUUCCUACAGUUUCACUUCAGUUUCUUUCCUUCUGUUAAAUUCAAGAAAAUUGCUUAAAUAUUUUAAGCAAUGUGUUUGUACUAUUCAUGUAAUUAAAAGGCAAAUAAAAGUUGUUGUAUA